AUGUCAAGGGAGGACAUGCUACGAGUCAAGAAGAUACAGAAACUGGCAGUCAGAGACGAAACAAAGGAUCUUGUCGAUGCUCUUGACAACAUGGUCCCUGCAUCACCACAAGUCAGGAGGCACAGAUCGCUGCUGAGAUCCGGGAGGAGCAUCACUCAGCUCCUGCAAGAUGUGCAGGCGGAGGUUCAACGACGCAUGCAGGGAGCAGCUCAGUCAGACACGUUCUUGUCCCCCAGUCUCCUUGCUCAGAGCUUCGACUGUGCCUCAUGUCCGGUGGCCGUGGUUUCGGUUCCAUCACUGCUGCUUCUCUCCACCAGCAAAGGGUUUCGAACGUACUUGGAUGCUUUCCCCGACAAGGCCUUGGCUGGUCAAUCGAUCAUCCAUCUAGUAGAGCCUUCGUAUCAAUCUUCGUUCCAAACAUUUUUCGGGCGAGUUGCCGCAUAUCCCGGAGAGCACUUCUCCUCUUGCGUUUUCUUGAUGUUGACUCGUUGCCACGACACGCACCUCAGGCUGGCGCCUUUUAUUGUGGAGGAUUGCUGGUGCCAAGAAGGAACACAUCUUUUCAUCUUCUUGAAACCAAUCCAUGAGGCUACCAUGACAUGCCAGCUCACAUCCAGCAUUCCGGACACGCAUGUGCAGGGGGUUUACAGGUUCGAGCAGAUUUUGUCCACGUUCGAUCCAAUACGGCUAGAGAGAUGUUUGCAAGGGCAGGUUGCAGGUCACAUGGAGACUUUUAUUCUGAGAUCUUUGUGCGAUCUAUGGCAAAAUUCAUCGUACGAUGACGUGCUACAGCAAGUCGCCGAAAAGAAUCAUCUGUCGUUGGAGAAGAUCAAGGGUUGGAGCACGCAGAUCUACAUUGACGCGCAAGUCUCUGAUGUUGUCUCGCAAUGCACUGUGCGGAGUCGAUACAGUUUGCCCUUUCAUCUCGGGCAGCUCGCAACAGACUGGACCAACGAGCAGUCGAUCGUCAUCAACGAGUUACCUGCUGCUGGACGAGAUGAUUCCAUUUCUAGCUUCUGGCUGAUCGAUCAACGCAACGAUCCUGACGACAGCAAGGAGAGUGUCGACUUCCAAGAGUUCUUCAUGCGUAAGCUCAAUCAGCAACUCAAGUGCUACUGCACGAGGAUGUAUUCCAUUUCAUCUAGCCAACUGUCCAUACGUGGGCGCACGUUUCAAACUGUACAUAGUCCCGGAAUGGAGUAUACGGUUGUCUUCUUGCCAGCUUGCUAA